AUGCGGCCAGCUCGAGACAACGCAUCAGGUGCGACCAGCCUGCGGGUUCCUGCCGACUUGGCGCGGAGCACUUUGGCAAGCCUGCCCUUCCCGCCUGACCCGCCGGCCCCCCGGCCCCCAAGCGCCCCUCCGACGGAGUCCCCAGGCCUUUUCACCGUGGCCGCUCCAGCCCCGGGAGCGCCUUCUCCUCCCGCCACUCUGGCGCACCUUCUUCCCGCCCCGGCCAUGUACAGCUUGCUGGAGACCGAGCUCAAGAACCCCGUGGGGCCACCCACCCCAGCGGCAGGCGCGGGCGGCCCCGCAGCCCCCGGCGGCGCAGGCAAGAGCGGCGCGAACGCAGUCGGCGGAGCGAACGCAGGCGGCGGCAACGGCGGGGGUUCGAGUGGCGGGGGCGGGGGCAGCGACCAGGACCGCGUGAAGCGGCCCAUGAACGCCUUCAUGGUGUGGUCCCGUGGGCAGCGGCGCAAGAUGGCCCUGGAGAACCCCAAGAUGCACAACUCCGAGAUCAGCAAGCGCUUGGGCGCCGACUGGAAACUGCUGACCGACGCCGAGAAGCGGCCGUUCAUAGACGAGGCCAAGCGACUGCGCGCCGUGCACAUGAAAGAGUACCCGGACUACAAGUACCGGCCGCGCCGCAAGACCAAGACGCUGCUCAAGAAGGACAAGUACUCCCUGCCCGGAGGCCUGCUGCCCCCCGGCGCCGCCGCCGCGGCCGCCGCCGCCGCCGCCGCCGCCGCCGCCAGCAGCCCGGUGGGCGUGGGCCAGCGCCUGGACACGUACACACACGUGAACGGCUGGGCCAACGGCGCGUACUCGCUGGUGCAGGAGCAGCUGGGCUACGCACAGCCCGCUACCAUGAGCAGCCCGCCGCCGCCGCCCGCGCUGCCGCAGAUGCACCGCUACGACAUGGCCGGCCUGCAGUACAGCCCCAUGAUGCCGCCCGGCGCCCAGAGCUACAUGAACGCCGCCGCCGCCGCCGCCGCCGCCUCGGGCUACGGGGGAAUGGCGCCCUCGGCCGCCGCCGCCGCGGCCGCCGCCUACGGGCAGCAGCCCGCCACCGCCGCCGCCGCCGCCGCCGCCGCGGCCGCCAUGAGCCUGGGCCCCAUGGGCACGGUGGUGAAGACCGAACCCAGCUCGCCGCCGCCCGCCAUCACGUCGCACUCGCAGCGUGCGUGCCUCGGCGACCUGCGCGACAUGAUCAGCAUGUACCUGCCACCCGGCGGGGACGCGGCUGACGCCGCUUCGCCGCUGCCUGGCGGCCGCCUGCACAGCGUUCACCAGCACUACCAGGGCGCUGGGACUGCCGUCAACGGAACGGUGCCGCUGACCCACAUCUGA